CCAUGCAUACAUGGACAUGUCUCUUCCGCAGGGUACACCAAGUCACCUUCGGGUGAAAUAUUCACGAGUUGAUGCACAUCCAAGACUAUGCAUGAAGUUUACAAAUAAGUAUGGAUCUUGGGUGAGAUGUCCAUUUGGUCAUGAAAAUUUCCAAGCUUGGAAAAUGAGACUUGCUGUGAUGAAGGAACAGAUAGAAGUUUCCUUCACAUCACACCCUGAGGCACAGUUUUCAGUCAUUGUGUGUAACAGGACUGAAUCAUCUUCAUGCAAUUCUACAGGAAUACACCAGCUGAUACCAGUGGAUGGCUCAAGUUCAAUCUCCCUCAACAUUUCAAGGAAAAUGUGUGAUCCAGACCUCUGCAUUCAGGGAUGGAGGACAGAUGUAGACUACUCACUUCCUUCUUACAUCUGUGACUUGCCCUGCAUUUCUUCCAUUCAGAGCCAGGAACAUUAUGAGAACUCCUUAAGUAUCCUGUCACUUGUAGUAUUAUUGGCUGUACUUGUGACUGUGAUGGCUCUCCUUGGACACAAACUUGUAUCAGUUUUAGACAGGAAGGGACAUGAAGAGGAAAGCACAGCAGAUAUCAAGAUACAAAGAAUAAAGAGCAUCACUUCUUUACACUGAUGAAGAAAAAAAUAUAAUUAGCAGAACAACUCUGAACUAUUCAACAAUCUUCUCAUUAAACUAGUGCAUUUCUCCUCUGCAAACUGUUACAUACAUAUGGCAAAUGGUUGUCACAAGACAGUGAUACUCAUGGACUUCAGAACAACUGUUCUUUGAGUCAAGUUUUGCAUGUCAUUCUUUUCCUAUCAGUGUCUCUCAAAUCUCUGUACUCCAGAUGUAUUGUGACUACAGUCCCCAUCACUCUAGCCAUACUAGGAUGGGAUGAUAGAAGUUGUAGUCAUGACACACCUGGAGAAACCAAUUUGGGGAAGACUGCCUCAUACAAGGGUCUGUUGAAUGGGGGACAUAACAGUAACUAAGUCCCUCAUGCAGUCAAUUGAUUUACUUCGGAAUCAGUUUCCGUGUCCUUUAUAUGCUGAAAGGUACAUAGUGCGAUUGGAACCUGUUUCUCCAUGAAUGCAUUUCCGUGGUGCUGCUGUAAACGUCUGAAGACCCAUGACUUGCUAGGCGAUGGAUCUAGCUAGGAUCUCUCCUACAGAAUCAGUAACUCUCAUUUAAUGGAUUGCUAAUUCAGUAGAGAAUCAGCUCUACUUUUAACCAUCAAGACCGUCUGGAAACAACUUUAAAAGACUAGAAUUCCUAGAAUCCCCAUCCAGGAACUGUAGUAAAAGAAAAAUAUUUCCAAGGUUGGCUAACAACCUCAUGGGAAGAACCUGUGGAAAAGCAUCUUUCACAAUGCUAUUGUGUUAUAUUGCAAAGUUUAAAGGGCACCAAAGAAAUUCCACUGUGUGCCCUACUUGGUAUGUUUUGUCUUGCGUUUGAAGAUGAUUCCAUGAAUGUCUUUGUUUAAAAAUAUAACUAAAUAACAUUAUGUAAGAACGUCCCAGAAGCUAAUUAAUAGGACAGAUUUUAUAUGAAUUUUUAAAAGAUAUUUUGACAAUAUUUUAAAACAUGUUUUUGCUGUAUGUUUUCUAUGACUUGGUACUUCUUAUUAUCCCUCCGGUCCUGCCAUGGAUGGAAACCGAGUCCUCUGACUGUUCUCAGUUUUAUGGGACAGCUUAGAUGUGUUUAAGAAGAGAUUGCAUGCAUUGUAAUUUCUGUGGUUCGAGUCCCAAACACCCUGAUCAGGAAUACGUUCUACGGAAUUCUGAGGGGCUUAGUAUUGAUUAAAUGUGUCCCUUCUUUCUUCUCGUCUACAGAACUGUGGGAGCUUUGUUCUAAACUCAUUGCUCCUCCACCUACUUCCCAGUGUCUAAGCUGGUACUGUUGGGACUUUGGUACCAAUACCUUUGUAUGUACAGAGGCACCAUGUGCAGUGGCAGCCAGUGACUACAUCCUGCCAUGUUUCCCUACCUGCCCUCUUGCACAAACUGUACCUCAGAGUGGGUCAAAAUCAAAAUUCUGCUGUUUAUUCUGGUGGAAGGAGGAUGCAGGAAAGCUCCUGAAGGAAGAGGGAAAAUGGCACAAUAGUUGCAGUGCCUUAAAGCAUUUAAAGUUGUUGGCAUACCAUUUCCGAGAAACAACUGUGCUAUGAUCCAUGUGCAAUAGUUGGCCACUUUAUUGGUUCUAUCCAGGAGUCAUCUGGGCCCUUCCAUUAGGGACAGCUUCUCUCUACAAAAUUGUGCAAGGAUAAUUGUCCACCUCCCUCCAGCACCUAUGCAUGUACCUUAAAGCCCUGCUCUGAAGAAGGUGUUCAGUGCUGCAAAGGGCUGCUGGUGGAACAGGGGAGGCCUACAGAUGCUGUUUCCUUAUACCUAAAUAAAAUUUUGUUUUGUAAAUAA